AUGGACACCUACACCCACGAACUCCACAUCGCCACCCUCGCGGUCCACCGCGCCAGCAUCAUCACGAAGACCAUGCAAGCCGUCGUCGACAAAGGAUCCCGCGACAAAGAAGACGCAUCGCCCGUGACGGUCGCUGACUUCGCGGCGCAGGCUAUCCUGAUCAGCGCCUUGCGUCAUCACUUCCCUGACGACCAGUUCAUCGGCGAGGAGUCUGCGGCUGCGUUGCGCAAGGAUCCAGAGCUGGUCGAACGGGUGUGGGCGCUUGUCACGGCGCUUAAGCAGAGUGGAGGAGACAGAAUUGAUGAUGCCAAGGUUGACGCCGAGGUGGCCGAGGAGAUCCAGGCUUCUAUCCCAGCUACUCGAGACGAGAUGCUCCGGGUGAUUGACCUAGGCGGGGACGGCGAGGGGGCAGGAGAUGUCGCCGGAGGACGCACCUGGAUCCUGGACCCGAUUGACGGCACUGCGACGUUCAUCCGGGGCCAGCAGUUCGCGGUGUCGGUGGCGCUGGUGGUCGAAGGGGAGCAGCGGGUGGGGGUGGUGGGGUACCCGAAUCUCAAGGACGGAGGAGCCGUCGUGCAUGAAGACGCGAUCGACGAUGAGGGAUACGGGCUGUUGGUGUCGGCUGUCAAGGGCCAAGGCGCGUCGAAGAGAGCAAUGCGGCGCAGCGGCUUGCAGCCGGCCGAGAAGCUGGUGCAGGUAAGCGCCGACGAGCUCGUCUUUGUGGAGAGUCUGGCCAGUCCGUACGUCUGCUUGGAGAGGCAGAGCACCGUGCGAGACCGGCUGCAGGCCACGGCGCCUAUCACCGAUCUCUGGUCCAUGCAGGUCAAGUACGGGGCUCUGAUUAUCGGCGCAUGUAAUGCGAUGGUGCGCAUUCCCAAGCACGAGAAUUACCGCCCCUGGGCGUGGGAUCAUGCGGGAGGCAUGCUCGUGUACGAGGAAUCGGGAGGCAAGAUCACGGACUUGCAUGGACGUCCAUUUCAGUACCGCGGAAGAAAGUUGAUGGCAAACGUGGGCGUGGUGGCUGCUCUGCCCGAGGUUCAUGCACAUGUGUUGAAAGUGGCUCGCCAGGUGUCGGAGGAGUAAGAGAGAACUUGCGAG